UAUCCAUCAACCAGAUCACCAAUUGUAACUACUGACUCAAUAACUUCUUCCACCACAUCAACAAUUUCAACCACUGAAUUUACACCAGCUGCCACCAGUCAAUCAACACUACCAUCUACCACAUCAAUCAUUUUCACGACUGAUUCAACAGCAGCCCCCACCACAUCACCAAUUUCUACCACUCUGUCAAUUGCACCUGCUACAUCAACAAUUUCCAGCACUCAGUCAACACUACCAUCAAGCACAUCAACAUUUGUCAGUACUGAGUCAAUAACAUCUUCCACCACAUCAACAAUUUCAACCACUGAAUUUACAACAGCCACCACCAGUCAAUCAUCACUGCCAUCUACCAAAUCAAUCAUUUUCACAACUGAUUCAACAGCAGCCCCCACCACAUCACCAAUUUCCACCACUCCGUCAAUUCCACCUGCUACAUCAACAAUUUCCAGCACUCAGUCAACACUAUCAACUACCACAUCACCAAUUGUAACUACUGACUCAAUAACAUAUUCCACAACAUCAACAAUUUCAACCACUGAAUCAACACCAGCCGCCAUCAGUCAGUCAACACUACCAUCUAGCACAUCAAUCAAUUUCACGACUGAUUCAACAGCAGCCCCCACCAUAUCACCAAUUUCUACCACUCUAUCAAUUGCACCUGCUACAUCAACAAUUUCCAGCACUCAGUCAACACUUCCAUUAACCAGAUCACCAAUUGUAACUACUGACUCAAUAACUUCUUCCACCACAUCAACAAUUUCAACCACUGAAUUUACACCAGCUGCCACCAGUCAAUCAACACUACCAUCUACCACAUCAAUCAUUUUCACGACUGAUUCAACAGCAGCCCCCACCACAUCACCAAUAUCUACCACUCUGUCAAUUGCACCUGCUACAUCAACAAUUUCCAGCACUCAGUCAACACUACCAUCAAGCACAUCAACAUUUGUCAGUACUGAGUCAAUAACAUCUUCCACCACAUCAACAAUUUCAACCACUGAAUUUACAACAGCCACCACCAGUCAAUCAUCACUGCCAUCUACCAAAUCAAUCAUUUUCACAACUGAUUCAACAGCAGCCCCCACCACAUCACCAAUUUCCACCACUCCGUCAAUUCCACCUGCUACAUCAACAAUUUCCAGCACUCAGUCAACACUAUCAACUACCACAUCACCAAUUGUAACUACUGACUCAAUAACAUAUUCCACAACAUCAACAAUUUCAACCACUGAAUCAACACCAGCCGCCAUCAGUCAGUCAACACUACCAUCUACCACAUCAAUCACUUUCACGACUGAUUCAACAGCAGCCCCCACCACAUCACCAAUUUCUACCACUCUAUCAAUUGCACCUGCUACAUCAAAAAUUUCCAGCACUCAGUCAACACUAUCAACUACCACAUCACCAAUUGUAACUACUAACUCAAUAACAUCUUCAACCACAUCAAUUAUUUUCACCACUGAGUUAACAACACCAUCCACAAGUCAGUCAACACUUUCACCUACCACAUCAAUUAUUUUCACGCCUGAUAUAACAGCAACCCCCACCACAUCACCAAUUUUCACCACUACAUCAACUCCAUCUACUACAUCGUUAUUUUCUAGCACUCAGUCAACACUACCAUCAACCACAUCAACAUUUGUCAGUACUGAGUCAAUAACAUCUUCCACCACAUCAACAAUUUCAACCACUGAAUUUACACCAGCCGCCACCAGUCAAUCAACACUACCAUCUACCACAUCAAUCAUUUUCACGACUGAUUCAACAGCAGCCCCCACCACAUCACCAAUUUCUACCACUCUAUCAAUUGCACGUACUACAUCAACAAUUUCCAGCACUCAGUCAACACUUCCAUCAACCACAUCACCAAUUGUAACUACUGACUCAAUAACUUCUUCCACCACAUCAACAAUUUCAACCACUGAAUUUACACCAGCCGCCACCAGUCAAUCAACACUACCAUCUACCACAUCAAUCAUUUCCACGACUGAUUCAACAGCAGCCCCCAUCACAUCACCAAUUUCUACCACUCUGUCAAUUCCACCUGCUACAUCAACAAUUUCCAGCACUCAGUCAACACUAUCAACUACCACAUCACCAAUUGUAACUACUGACUCAAUAACAUAUUCAACCACAUCAACAAUUUCAACCACUAAAUCAACACCAGCCGCCAUCAGUCAGUCAACACUACCAUCUACCACAUCAAUCAUUUUCACGACUGAUUCAACUGCAGUCCCCACCACAUCACCAAUUUCCACAACUUCGCCAAUUCCACCUGCUACAUCAACAAUUUCCAGCACUCAGUCAACACUAUCAACUACCACAUCACCAAUUGUAACUACUAACUCAAUAACAUCAUCAACCACAUCAAUUAUUUUCACCACUGAGUUAACAACACCAUCCACAAGUCAGUCAACACUUUCACCUACCACAUCAAUUAUUUUCACGCCUGAUAUAACAGCAACCCCCACCACAUCACCAAUUUUCACCACUCCAUCAACUCCAUCUACUACAUCGUUUUUUUCUAGCACUCAGUCAACACUACCAUCAAGCACAUCAACAUUUGUCAGUACUGAGUCAAUAACAUCUUCCACCACAUCAACAAUUUCAACCACUGAAUUUACACCAGCCACCACCAGUCAAUCAUCACUGCCAUCUACCAAAUCAAUCAUUUUCACAACUGAUUCAACAGCAGCCCCCACCACAUCACCAAUUUCCACCACUCCGUCAAUUCCACCUGCUACAUCAACAAUUUCCAGCACUCAGUCAACACUAUCAACUACCACAUCACCAAUUGUAACUACUGACUCAAUAACAUCUUUAACCACAUCAAUAAUUUCCACCACUGAGUUAACAACACCAUCCACAAGUCAGUCAACAAUACCUUCUAGCACAUCAAUCAUUUUCACGACUGAUUCAACAGCAGCCCCCACCACAUCACCAAUUUCUACCACUCUGUCAAUUGCACCUGCUACAUCAACAAUUUCCAGCACUCAGUCAACACUAUCAACUACCACAUCACCAAUUGUAACUACUGACUCAAUAACAUAUUCAACCACAUCAACAAUUUCAACCACUAAAUCAACACCAGCCGCCAUCAGUCAGUCAACACUACCAUCUACCACAUCAAUCAUUUUCACGACUGAUUCAACAGCAGCCACCACAUCACCAAUUUCCACAACUUCGCCAAUUCCACCUGCUACAUCAACAAUUUCCAGCACUCAGUCAACACUAUCAACUACCACAUCACCAAUUGUAACUACUAACUCAAUAACAUCUUCAACCACAUCAAUUAUUUUCACCACUGAGUUAACAACACCAUCCACAAGUCAGUCAACACUUUCACCUACCACAUCAAUUAUUUUCACGCCUGAUAUAACAGCAACCCCCACCAUAUCACCAAUUUUCACCACUCCAUCAACUCCAUCUACUACAUCGUUAUUUUCUAGCACUCAGUCAACACUACCAUCAACCACAUCAACAUUUGUCAGUACUGAGUCAAUAACAUCUUCCACCACAUCAACAAUUUCAACCACUGAAUUUACACCAGCCACCACCAGUCAAUCAACACCACCAUCUACCACAUCAAUCAUUUUAACGACUGAUUCAACAGCAGCCCCCACCACAUCACCAAUUUCUACCACUCUGUCAAUUGCACCUGCUACAUCAACAAUUUCCAGCACUCAGUCAACACUAUCAACAACCACUUCACCAAUUGUAACUACUGACUCAAUAACAUAUUCCACCACAUCAACAAUUUCAUCCACUGAAUCAACACCAGCCGCCAUCAGUCAGUCAACACUACUAUCUACCACAUCAAUCAUUUUCAUGACUGAUUCAACAGCAGCCCCCACCACAUCACCAAUUUCUACCACUCUAUCAAUUGCACCUGCUACAUCAACAAUUUCCAGCACUCAGUCAACACUAUCAACUACCACAUCACCAAUUGUAACUACUGACUCAAUAACAUCUUCAACCACAUUAAUAAUUUCCACCACUGAGUUAACAACACCAUCCACAAGUCAGUCAACAAUACCAUCUAGAACAUCAAUCAUUUUCACGACUGAUUCAACAGCAGCCCCCACCACAUCACCAAUUUCUACCACUCUAUCAAUUGCACCUGCUACAUCAACAAUUUCCAGCACUCAGUCAACACUUCCAUCAACCACAUCACCAAUUGUAACUACUGACUCAAUAACUUCUUCCACCACAUCAACAAUUUCAACCACUGAAUUUACACCAGCCGCCACCAGUCAAUCAACACUACCAUCUACCUCAUCAAUCAUUUCCACGACUGAUUCAACAGCAGCCCCCACCACAUCACCAAUUUCUACCACUCUGUCAAUUCCACCUGCUACAUCAACAAUUUCCAGCACUCAGUCAACACUAUCAACUACCACAUCACCAAUUGUAACUACUGACUCAAUAACAUAUUCAACCACAUCAACAAUUUCAACCACUAAAUCAACACCAGCCGCCAUCAGUCAGUCAACACUACUAUCUACCACAUCAAUCAUUUUCACGACUGAUUCAACAGCAGCCCCCACCACAUCACCAAUUUCCACAACUUCGCCAAUUCCACCUGCUACAUCAACAAUUUCCAGCACUCAGUCAACACUAUCAACUACCACAUCACCAAUUGUAACUACUAACUCAAUAACAUCUUUAACCACAUCAAUUAUUUUCACCACUGAGUUAACAACACCAUCCACAAGUCAGUCAACACUUUCACCUACCACAUCAAUUAUUUUCACGCCUGAUAUAACAGCAACCCCCACCACAUCACUAAUUUUCACCACUCCAUCAACUCCAUCUACUACAUCGUUAUUUUCUAGCACUCAGUCAACACUACCAUCAACCACAUCAACAUUUGUCAGUACUGAGUCAAUAACAUCUUCCACCACAUCAACAAUUUCAACCACUGAAUUUACACCAGCCACCACCAGUCAAUCAACACUACCACCUACCACAUCAAUCAUUUUCACGACUGAUUCAACAGCAGCCCCCACCACAUCACCAAUUUCUACCACUCUGUCAAUUGCACCUGCUACAUCAACAAUUUCCAGCACUCAGUCAACACUAUCAACAACCACAUCACCAAUUGUAACUACUGACUCAAUAACAUAUUCCACCACAUCAACAAUUUCAUCCACUGAAUCAACACCAGCCGCCAUCAGUCAGUCAACACUACCAUCUACCACAUCAAUCAUUUUCACGACUGAUUCAACAGCAGCCCCCACCACAUCACCAAUUUCCCCCACUCCGCCAAUUCCACCUACUACAUCAACAGUUUCCAGCACUCAGUCAACAAUAUCAACUACCACAUCACCAACUGUAACUACUGACUCAAUAACAUCUUCCACCACAUCAACAAUUUCAACCACUGAAUUAACACCUGCUGCCACCAGUCAGACAACAAUACCAUCUACAACGUCAAUCAUUUUCACAACUGAUUCAACAGCAGUCCCCACCACAUCAGCAAAGUCCACCACUCUUUCAUUUGCACCUGCUACAUCAACAAUUUCUAUCACUCAGUCAACAAUAUCAACUACCACAUCACCAAUUGUAACUACUGACUCAAUAACUUCUUCCACCCCAUCGACAAUUUCAACAACUGAAUCAACACCAGCCGCCAUCAGUCAGUCAACACUACCAUCUACCACAUCAAUCCUUUUCACGACUGAUUCAACAGCAGCCCCCACCACAUCACCAAUUUCUACCACUAUGUCAAUUGCACCUGCUACAUCAACAAUUUCCAGCACUCAGUCAUCACUAUCAACUACCACAUCACCAAUUGUAACUACUGACUCAAUAACUUCUUCCACCACAUCAACAGUUUCAACCACUGAAUCAACACCUGCUGCCACCAGUCAGACAACAAUACCAUCUACUACAUCAAUCAUUUUCACGACAGAUUCAACAGCAGCCCCCACCACAUCACCAAUUUCCACCACUCCGCCAAUUCCACCUACUACUUCAACAGUUUCCAGCACUCAGUCAACAAUAUCAACUACCACAUCACCAAUUGUAACUAUUGAUUCAAUAACAUCUUCCACCACAUCAACAAUUUCAACCACUGAAUUAACACCUGCUGCCACCAGUCAGACAACAAUACCAUCUACCACAUCAAUCAUUUUCACAACUGAUUCAACAGCAGUCCCUACCACAUCAGCAAUUUCCACCACUCUUUCAUUUGCACCUGCUACAUCAACAAUUUCCAGCACUCAGUCAACACUAUCAACUACCACAUCACCAUUUGUAACUACUGACUCAAAAACAUCUUCCACCACAUCAACAAUUUCAACCACUGACUCUACAUCAGCCGCCACCAGUCAGUCAACACAACCAUCUACCACAUCAAUCAUUUUCACGUCUGAUUCAACAGUAGCCUCCACCACAUCACUAAUUUACACCACUCCGUCAAUUCCAUCUACUACACAAACAUUUUCCAGCACUCAGUCAACACUUCCAUCAACCACAUCAACAAUUUUUAGUACUGAGUCAAUAAUAUCUUCCACCACGUCAACAAUUUCAACCACUGACUCUACACAAGCCGCCACCAGUCAGUCAGCACUACCAUCUACCACAUCAAUCAUUUUCACAACUGAUUCAACAGUAGCCUCCACCACAUCAUCAAUUUACAACACUCCGUCAAUUCCAUCUACUACAUCAACAAUUUCCAGCACUCAUUCAACACUACCAUCCACCACAUUAUUAAUUUCCGCCAAUGAGUCAACAUUAUUUUCCACCACAGCUAACAUUUUCACCACUGAAUCAAAACCACCAUCCACUACAACAGUUUUCAGGAAUGAGUCAACAGCAGCAUCCACCAGUCAGUCAACAGUACCAUAUACCACAUCAAUUAUUCAUUUAGGAAGUGAAGCUACCACCCUAAGAACAGUACAAUCUACCACACCAACACAACUACCACUUUCAACCAACCAUUCAUCGGGUAAAGGCAAUUUAUCUACCUUUAAUAGCUACAACAUAUCAAUAGCUGGAUCCAGUACAGAAAGGUUUGAACCUCCCAGUUCAGGACUAACAGUCUCACCAGAAGACACCUCAUUGUCAGCUGAUAGCUCUUCUGUAAUGGCAUCUUCAUUUUCUCCUUUGUCUGAAAGUACCAAUUCUUCAGGAACAGCCAAACCUGCCAUUGUAAUUCUUCGAGUCUCAGCUCUAAUUUCAGAAGCUAUGAGUAAUGAAGUUGAGAUGAUCAUCUUACAGAAGAUUCAAGAAUUGGUGACUAAUGUCAACCCCUCAGCUUUAGUUUCCAAGAUAUCAAUAUCACUAACCUGAAUAAAAUCAUAGAAGACACUAAGAGAAAAAGAAAAUGCUACCAUGGAAAUGUUUCCAUUCUGAGAACAGAGUUCAUGCAUCAAGAAUGGAAGAAUGGACUACUGUACUAGAUCUUUGUUCCAGAGAAAACUGCCAUACCACCUUGAAGGGUAACUCUUCCAUUAUACACUCUGUGCUGGGUGACGUGAUGUUUGCUCAGCUAUACUUCAACACCAAUAUGGCAUAACAAAGGAAGGCAGUUCUCAAUUGAAGUAGGGAUCACAAUGACCUACAAAGCACAAAGCACUUAGAAAUCAGACACAAUUUUGAUGAUAAUGAAUUGUUGCUCUGGUUUUAUGUAUAUAGUAAAAGACAAAUUUCCUAAAAAACUAUCUAUCUAUCUAUCUAUCUAUCUAUCUAUCUAUCUAUCUAUCUAUCUAUCUAUCUAUCUAUCUAUCUAUCUAUCUAUCUAUCACAAGUUCCUGAAAGAAAGGUAGUAAUUAUAUUAAGAAUAAAUGUUUCUGUACUUUAAAUGUGUGUUUAAAGUAAAGCUUUGAUUAUAUGAUGUUUCAAUAAUUAGCAUGAACUUCAAGGGUUUUGUUGCUAUGUUGAUUACGUCUUUUUAAAGUGCCUAGAAGGAAAUACUGGAAAAUGGGAAAAUGAGGAUUUUUUUUUUACUAAUUAUUGUUUUAGCAAAAUGGUUAAGUUUUUUAUUCAUAUUUUUGUAUAAAUGCUUGAUAAACUUUGUUUACUAUACAUCUGUGUUUAUUGGUCUGUAUACAGUGUAUAUCUAAACACAUAUGAAACACAGAACAUGAUAUUGAGAAGUCUAUUUCAAUGGUACAGAGGUGACAGAGCCUGUCUAGGUAAUACGGAACGAAAUGCAGGACUUAGCCAUAAAUGGAGCAACAAACCAUCACAGGACCCGGUCAUACAUACGCUCAUGAGGGGCACAUUUAGAAUUUCCUGGCAUACAUAUCUUUGAAAUGUAGGAGACAAACUGGAGCAGCUGGAAAGAAAAGUUCUAGACACCAUUAUUUUCUAUAUUACUAGGGAGCUUUGCCCCCUGCUCGCUUUGCACGCCAA